UUCGCUACCAACAUGAGGCUUGUCCUCCUGGCAUGUCUCUGGGCUUCCCUUGCAGGAGUCCUGCUGGCAGAAGAUGUAGACUCAACCAAACUUGAGAUCCGCCUGGUGGAUGGCCCCAACCGCUGCUCUGGGAGAGUCGAGGUGCUUCACAAAGAUGUCUGGGGGACCGUCUGUGAUGACCAGUGGGAUUUACGGGAGGCAAAGGUUGUGUGCAGGCAGCUGGGCUGUGGGACAGCAGUAUCGGCCCCUCGGGAGUCAAAAUAUGGGGAAGGGAAAGACCAAAUCUGGCUGAGCGAUGUGAACUGCAAAGGGACAGAAGCGUCCCUCACCGAAUGCGAGGCGAAGCCAUGGGGAGACAACAUCUGCAACCACGUGGAAGAUGCCAGUGUGGAGUGCUCAGGAACAGAAAUACCUGAGCCAGGGCCAAUCCGGCUGGUGGGAGGCCCAAACCGAUGCGCUGGCAGGGUUGAGGUGCUUCAUGAAGAACAGUGGGGCAGCGUGUGCCAUGACGACUGGGAUCUAAAUGAUGCUCAAGUUGUGUGCAAACAACUGGGCUGUGGGGAUGCGGUGCUGGCCCCCAUUGGGGCCAAGUUUGGACGAGGACUUGAAACCAUCUGGUUGGAUGAUGUCAACUGCACAGGGGCAGAAGCUGCUCUCUCUGAAUGCCCAGCGAGGCCGUGGGGAGACCACAAUUGUUACCACGGGGAAGAUGCCAGUGCAAUUUGUUCAGACUCGGGGAUCACCGUCUCCACUUCAGUCCGCCUGGUAGGCGGCCCCAACCGCUGCUCUGGGAGAGUUGAGGUGCUUCACAACGGUGUUUGGGGGACUGUCUGUGAUGACCAGUGGGAUUUACGGGAGGCAAAGGUUGUGUGCAGGCAGCUGGGCUGUGGGACGGCAGUAUCAGCCCCUCGGGAGUCAAAAUAUGGGGAAGGGAAAGACCAAAUCUGGCUGAGCGACGUGAACUGCACAGGGACAGAAGCGUCCCUCACCGAUGGCGAGGCGAAGCCAUGGGGAGACAACAUCUGCAACCACGUGGAAGAUGCCAGUGUGGACUGCUCAGAGGUGGACAUAUCUGAGGAGGGGCCAAUCCGGCUUGUGGAUGGCCCGAACAAGUGUGCUGGGAGAGUCGAGGUGCUCCAUGAGAACCGGUGGGGCAGUGUGUGUGAUGACCACUGGGACAUGAAGGACGCCAAGGUGGUGUGCAAGCAGGUGGGCUGUGGGUCACCGCUGUCAGCUCUGGGAGGUGCCCGCUAUGGACGAGGGUCAGACAUCAUCUGGCUGGACGAUGUUGAAUGCAACGGGACAGAAGAGAGCAUCUUUGACUGUCAGGCCAGGCCAUGGGGUGAACACAACUGCUACCACGGAGAGGAUGCUGAUGUUGUUUGUGCAGUUAACAAGAACUUGGAGGAGCCAGAAGCACUGUGAGUGCCA